AUGGGUGUCCAGUUGGCAGAACAGAAUCAACAACAUCAACAACAACAACAUCAACAGCAACAGAGUUCAUUUCAACAACAUCAACAACAACUACAAUUACAUCAACCAAUUAAUAAUAAUAAGGAUGAAAUAGAACUAUAUAACUUCUUGACAGAUGAGGAAGAGACUAAAACCAUUAGAUUGAUAUGCAAUCAUCUAUCAUUGGGUCAGUUUGAACUGGCAAGAUCACUGAUACUUCAGAUACAGCAGAGACAGCAGAAGCAGAAUGUCACUACAUCACUCAAUAUCACACGUAGACUAUCAUCGAUACUGCAUCACACCAUAAAGAAUGGACCACCCAGUACUUGGCUCACUUCACAGACUGUUUGCUCCUCUGCUCAUCUCUCUUGGUUGUGUUCAAUCGAGUUUUAUCAACUCAACAAGGAGGGCUUUACACAAAGCAUCACAGAGAGAAUAUCAAUAUUAUUACAGUUUGCCAUACUGUUGUACUCGAUUCUCAAUGAUAUCAGCAGCAGUCCAGAUGAUCGAUCAGUAUUACCAAUUAUCCAAGAGCUAAGGGAGUACCAAUAUAUAUUACUCCAUCAACAACAACAACAUGACAACAAUACAGGGUCACCCAACGACAAUAUUGUUAAUGACAACAACAGUGAUAUAUUACACGCCAACAAGCUCUCACCAAACACAGUAGCAGCACUCAAGAAGGCACUCACAUCAAAUCCACAACUGGCUCAAUACUUGAUCACUCAAUUAUCUGAUCCAUUCUUUAGUCUGGAGCAUCGUGGACGAACUCUAUUGCGUUUUGAAUAUCCAGUAGCAUCACAACUGGAACUCAUCACCGCCGAGGUUAUCUCUCAUUUGAUCAAUCAGAAUCAGUACAAUGAGGCCUACACUCUACUACGUGUGAUCGAUACCUGUGACAACUAUGAGAUCGCAACCAACAUUGCCGACGAAAGUCCAACAGGUGAUGACCUAGAUGGCACCAAGCGUACAACUGUAUUGACAAGACUCAUUCAACGUGUUGCCAAUCUUAAUGUAGACUCUAUCGACUUUGGUGAUGCUGACCAUAAUGAUGACACCACCAUUGGCAAUUGCAACCUGUCUGGUGACAGACUCACACUGGACAAGAUACCCUUUCAAUCCAAGUUGGACAAUAGCAUUGUUGACUUCAAGAAGACCACCAACCUAUCCAGGAUGCGUAUAUUCGAGUCAUUGUUGUCCAACCGUACUCUCUAUCCCCUUCAGGAGUAUGCCAGCUUUGAGGACGAGAUACUCAGCACCGAGACAACAGAGCAACAGUAUCCAAGUGACUUGGAGCCGAGCGGUGUCAGUCAGACUGAAUUCCCUCAAGUGUUUGCCAUUCUGAGACAGUAUGAGAGCUUGAAGCAACACCAACCUGAUCAGCAUGACUCACUGCAGCACAAGAUCACCAAUGACUUUUGGUAUUGGUUCUACCACUUCCUUCGUGUGAACAAUCAACACUUUCUCGAGUACACUCUGCAAGAGGCCGUAAGGUUGGUCAAGGAACGACGAUUCGAUGAUGCAAUGAUUCUGGUCAAGCCGUUGGCACCAAUGUUGCCCUUGGUUAUUCUGUUGUGUUGGGAUCACUUUGGUGAUGAUUUCUCUUCACGUCAGGCUCUCACCCAGCUUAUGGCCACCACAUCAGGAGUAAAGGUUGACGAUUCCCUACUGCACUCCAAUCAACAGCUUGCCUACCUCGUAGAGAUGGCUGAAUGGUGUUGCGGCAAGAUGAUGGCAGUGCCAAACUCACCAGGUGGCAAUCGUCUGAUCGUUGGCAAGCAUCAAUUCGAUAUCAAUCACUCUCGAGACUUGACUAGCAGCUCAGACAGUGACGACAGUUCGAGCAAUGAUCAACAAGCAACACCGCUGGCUCAAAACAUCUCCAAUGUCGUUAUCAAUCAACUGUCACAUCAAUCAUUCAUCAAUGUCAUCAAGGACUGUCUACCCUUCAUUUCGUCCAAGGAUAUAUUGGCACUGGUCGAACGUGAUCCCGACUACCCCUCAAACAACAAUCCGGACGCACUUCCAUCCUUGGCUCUCGAUAAGCUCAACGAUAUGAAUCUCAUCAGAGGCUUCUAUGUGAUGAAGAACAUCCUACGAUUCUUCCAAUACCGUACUCGCGAAUCAACCAUCGACAAGAUUGAGUUUGAUGAGGUAUUGGACGAUGUGUUCCAGCUGCUCACCGGAAUAUCUCAACCAAACGUGGCCAUUGGAUUAGUAGAGUCUCUUUAUCUUUCUAUAUUCCUAUCAAGCAGUGAUAUGAAGCAGCAUGACCAGACACCUAUAUCAUCAUCGACCACAACAUUUCAACAAGAUAGUAAUGAUGGACCAUCCUUCGUGUAUCAUUCUCAACAACAUUCGAACCCUUUCAAUCAACCGACACAAUUGGAGCAAGAGACAUUGACCACCUUUGAUAACUCCUAUCUCCUUCAGUUGGAGUUGAAGCAGGAUCACACCACCUAUUACAUCAACUCAAACAUGAUGUUGCCUCUGAUCUCCACACUGUCCAAGAUCAUCGGGUUCAUCAGCAACCAAUACCCAGAGGCCACUCAUCGCGAUCGUAUACAAGUACUAGAAUCCAAUCUCGUGAAUCUCAAGCAUCGUACCUCAGUUGCCAAUUGGGUAAUGACCAAGCUUCCAAACAUAUCAUUCAUGAGAUUGGUCCUGAUGCCAGUUCACUCACUUCUCUCAAUAUGCAUGCGUACCCAUUAUCCUCAAUUCGAUGAUAUUCUACGUCACUUCCAAGACAUACCCAGUGACAUCCAGACAGAUGUUAGCCAGUAUCACUCCAUCCCCAUAUUGACUGAUAAGCUUGCCUCAUUGUCCAAGCAAAAGAGCAGUGCUGCCGAUGUUGACACAGUGGUUGACUCUCAGGACCUGUUCUCAACACUCUUUGAUGUUGUCAUUGGAUCUAGAUUGGGCGAUGAAGGACUGAUCACCAGAGUGAUUUCACUUGCCAACAACGAGUCAUCACGUGAUCUAUCGACCGCUCGAUCAUUGAUCGAAUUGGUUCAAGUGCUUCACAUCAACUAUUUGGACAAGUCAAUGGUACAGCUGCUUACAAUGUCUGUCUCAACAGGGAAUCAAGUCCCCAUCGAUGCCAAUCAACUUUCUACAUUGAUAGACCGCAAGAGACUACUAGUACUCUCAAUCAACAACCUUGUACAGAGUAUCUCUAACAGCAACAACAACAACAACAACAACCCAAUGGACAAUGUGUACAAUGUCAUUAACAAUAGCGAUUAUUGUGGAGGACAUCAUCAGUACCAACUUCUAUCCACUACGCUCAAGUACAUCCUGAAUGUGAAUAGAAUUAUCAUGGAUAUGUCACCAUUGGAUAGCUUUGCCAAAGACAACCACAACAACAAUACCAAGUACUUUGACUUAAUGACACGAUUCACUAAUGUCAGUGGUGGUCCAUCACAGAUACUGGAGCAUAUAGUGUUUGUAGAGAAGAACUUCCCCAAAGCAGAGCGCAUGGCAAAGUUUAUUCAAGUGGACUUGGCCACAUUCAUCACAUCAUCCAUUUCGCACACUUCACCCAAGGGACCACAUGCCUCACUGUUCCAAUCGACGACACCCGAGUCAUCGGCCAUGGACUCACCACUAUACUACAUCAACACAAAGCAUCCCAACACUCGGUCCUUCUCAAAGCUACCCAACAUUAACAACGAGGCAAACUUUGCCAAUGGGCACAACUCCUCCUCCUCCUCUGCUACAUACCUACUCACAUCGGACCUAGUAGAGUAUCUUGGCCACUCUUCAAAGCUGUUGUCAUGCAUUGUCUGCAUGCUACAAUCACCAGAGAUCAACGACAUUGAACCAUUCCUUCGCUAUGCACACGAGCAAGCCCAGUUGCUUCCUUCAAACUCCCUUCUAAACUGGAUCAAUGAGAUACUCAAGGCCUAUUCAUUCUACUACCAACACUUCCAACCCAGCUCAGUUCCAGAGUUUCUUCCCCAACUUGAGCCCUAUGAGUCCUCAGUCAAGCAGAUGCCCGACAGUGCCACCCAGUUCAACCUGAUUCAGAACUGUGAGUCAGUCCAGCAACAGCAGACAUUCUUCUUCAAGAUAAUUCAGCACUUUGUCGACAAUGGACAGUUGAGUGAUGCUAUCAACAUUGCUGACGAGGCUCUCGAAGAAGGUGCCCCGGAUUGGCUACUCAGGCUGAUGGUCAUGAAAGACAAUACCCAGGGCUACAAGUACAUUCGACGCAUGAAGGACAGAGAGAAGGUACUUGGACUUGUGAUGGAGUUCAACCACAACUGGGAUGUGGCCACUGCCAUCGAUAUGUUUGUCAUCUGUCGCUCAUUCAUCAGCGCUGGCGAGCUAACAGUGAGUUCGCAACAGUUGGCAGAGAUCACACAUCUCCUCCAGUGUCUUCUCAUUUAUCAAGACAUUCUCAUUGCUGACAAGGCACAACGAUGGCGAUCCUGGCAGGAGAUCAAGGACCUUUGUCGUCGUGAUCCAACACGUCUGAUCAGAUCCCUUCUGGACAGCAAGCACUACGAGUUGGCUAGGAAUGUACGAGAUAUAUUCUCUGUUGCAAACAUCCGCAAUGAGAUUGAAGAGAGCUACCUGUUCUAUCUGUUGGUCGAGAAGGAUGACACCAGUCUUGCACUGCAGACUCUAUCAUCGUUGGGCGUGGAGUCAAUAGGUAUCGCAACGAUCAUGAUACCAAAAAUUCGUAGCAUCUCUCUCAAGCUGUUCCUGGUUCAGUUCCUCUUGAGCAACAUGCGCAAUGCUCUAUCUGACAGCAAACUACAGGAACUUAUCAAUCAAGAGACUGGUUAUAAGGUGUUGCUGGUGCUCCCCGCUGAGAUGCAGAAGGAAUACGAGUUCUAUGUCAAGUAUCCACACAUUAUACUAGAGAUGUUGAUUAUGAACGAGAAGAUACCGCUGGCAUCCAAGCUACUUGGUGAGAUAAAGGAGCUCAGGAACGAUGAGAUGUUGUCAUUCUAUGCGAGGAAGGCACUAUCUUUUGCAAGGUACAUGGCAAAGAAUGAUCUCUUGGUGGUCGACGAUUAUCUAAAGACAUCGGGUGAUGGCGUGGUAUCACAACAACAUGACAAGGACAAGGAGACAUCAGCCAAGCCAAUCAGUAGACCAACUAUAGUUGUUGGUGGAGACUAUAGAUUCACAAAGAUAGGAUCACCUACUCAGGUGAAGGAAAGCCAAUCCAGAACACAAAAGUGGUUACUCACUGGACAUGACUCUGUCAAGGAUGAGAAGACGCGUCACAACCACUUCUUUGUCCGAUCACCAAGUAUCAGCUUGGCCAAAAGUCUGUUUGACCUCUGUGAGUCCAAGAAGAAGGUGUACAACACAUGUCUAGACCUGUACAACUAUCUCUCAACCAUCCUGUCAUCGUCCUACUCGGAUGACAACUUGUUGAUCAUUAAUCUGAUCCAACAACUAUUGAUGUACACCAAGCUACAGUUGCUCAGAGAUCCCAAGUCGGGUGGUCCAACCUUUGUUGCCAUCUGUGACACCCUGUUGGGCAAGGUAGAACUCUUUCAAUCAUUGGUGAUUUCCAAGUGCACGGGCUCAAUGACACUGGCCGACCUCUCUGAUAUGCAAAAGGCUAGACAUCUACGUGAUAUGCUCAUUCAAGAGGACCGUCUACGGUUGGCCAUAGACGUUGCCACCAAGUGCAACAUCCCUGCUGAUCCAGCAUGGGUCACGUGGGGAAUCACACUCAUUCAGCAGGGUCAGUACAAUGAGGCCCGAGAGAAAUUCAAGUAUUGUCUCUCAUCGGCAGGUGACCGACGUGUGAUGUCACCCUCGACCACUCUAUCACCGGACAAUGUUGAUAGCAGUGUAAUACUCAAUCAGAUAAUCCAACUAUUAGAGACACCUCCAACUGCCAAUCACAUCAACCUUGGAGCACUGUACAAACAUCUUAUAUCAACGAUGCCCACACAGCAACAGGCCAACACCAAGACCGCCAACACCACAACAACAAAGAUAGAUGACAAGUUCUAUGAUUUGUUACAACCAUUUGUAAACGCUGGCAAUGUAUCACCCAACAACAACAAUGAGAAAUCAGCAUUGUUGUCGUCGUCAAGUAACUCAAUAGUCAAAGACAAACUCUAUGACUCUAUUCGAAUUGAAGAGGCUAUAUACUACUUGAAGAAGUAUGGCAAUGGCAGGAUGCAUGUCAACUUCUUGAUGCGACAUGGAAUGUUGGAGAUGGCUUGUCAGACAGUCCUGAGUGACAACAUAUCAGCCUCUGUGUUCUUUGACGAGAUUGUCAUGAAUGCCAUAACACAUGGAACACUACCAGAACUCUUCGUUGCAAUCAAAUCGAUCGAUCCCACGCUCCAUUCAUUCCAGGAGCAUCUGAUGUCCUCAUGCAAGAUCAUGAACGAGAAGAAGUGGUACUCAAUGUUGUUGGGCUUCCAACUCAAGAUGGGCGACAACAUCAGAGCAGGACUGACAUGUGUCAAGAUGUUCCUAGAGUCUUAUGAUGCUCCCUACACGGUCCGACUGCAUCAUUUGGAGGAGGCAUUGAGACACUUCCAUGAUGGUCACACUCAAAAGGGUGUUCUGCCAGAGAUUGAGAUCAAGAAGUAUCUACAAAAGAUAACGACACAGAUCGAGGUGUCCAAGUUCCUCUACUCCCAGAAGAACAUAUCGGGCAGUGGUGUACACAAGCUCAGUGUGUUUGGUUCGACCAAAGAGAAGAUGGAUUUGGCAGAGGUUAUCACAGUGCACAACAACUUUGACCUCGGCUUCAAGAUAUCAAUGGAGUACAAGCUGCCACUGACCACAGUUUACACCAGUGCCCUAUCGACUAUGGCCAGAAAGAAGAACAUUGCCAAGACAGAGGAGGUGUUGAACAAUCUGAGGAACUUUAUCGAUCCCUCCGACUGGGAUGCCAUCGCAAUGACCAUCAUAGAGAUACUAUGUGUAGAGCUGAAGGAGUUGAAGAGUGCAGAGAAGUUCAUCCCUAAACUCCACUCACCCAGGAAUAGUAUCAGAGUGAGCAUCAUGUGCAACAAGUUGAAAUCAGCAUAUCUCAGUGCUGUUCAGCUACAGGAUAAGGACCUGAUCGUGAUGGUGAUGGAAGAGGCUCAACGUACCAAUCAACUCGUCAUUUACAAAUGGUGCCAAGAGGUUUUGGGUGGCGGUGCUCAGGCGAUCUGA